ACCUGACUGGGUCACAUGCAGCAUACUUUGAGCAGAAAGCCUUCUGUACUGAUGCAUAUCUUGGAGACUUCUAUUUUAGGGCAAACCCUCACCAGGAACAGAGGAAUAAAUGUGGGGAGGAGCCCUGGAAACAAGCUAUGGUCAGGGCAUCCUAUGUGAGCAGGUGCAGCGUCUACUUAUCUUCAGUGCCUUCAACCAGCAGGGAGGUUGGGGAAGACUUGCAAUGCAACUCAGAGCUUCCCCAGCACCAGGCCAUUCUCAAAACUGAGGAGCUACACUGUGGCAGUGAGAUUUCACAGGAAUUUCUUGAUAAAAAAAGUCAUCACCAGUGGGGUGACUGUGAAAAUGCUGCCAGCCACAACCUGAAAGUUGUUCAAUGUCAGGGUGCAUAUUCUGGAGAAAUGAUUUAUGAGUGUAACAAAUGUAGGAAAGUUUUUAGACGAAUCUUUAACAUCAUUGGAUAUAAGAGAGUUCACCCUAGAGAACAGCUGUAUCUGUGUAGUGAAUGUGGGAAGUCCUUUCAUCGAAGGGCUCACCUCACUAUACACCUUAGAGUUCACACUGGAGAGAAGCCAUAUGAGUGUACUGAAUGUGGAAAGUCCUUCAGUGAAAGAGGUACACUCAUUAAACACCAGAGAGUUCACGCUGGAGAGAAGCCAUAUGAGUGUACUGAAUGUGGGAAGUCUUUUAGGCAAAAAUCUAACCUUAUUAGACAUCUCAAAGUUCACACUGGAGAGAAGCCAUAUGAAUGUACUGAAUGUGGAAAAUUCUUCAGUGAAAGAAGUACACUUAUUAAACACCAGAGUGUUCACACUGGAGAGAAGCCAUAUGUGUGUACUGAAUGUUGGAAGUCUUUUCGCAAAAAAUCUGAGCUUAUUAAUCAUCUGAGAGUUCACACUGGAGAGAAGCUGUAUGCGUGUACUGAGUGUGGAAAGUCUUUUUGUGAAAAAUCUAAGCUUAUUAAACAUCUGAGAGUUCACAGUGGAGAGAACCCACAUGAGUGUACUGAAUGUGGGAAGUCUUUUAGCCAAAAAUCUAGCCUUAUUAGACAUCUCAGAGUUCACACUGGAGAGAAGCCAUAUGAAUGUACUGAAUGUGGAAAGUUCUUCAGUGAAAGAAGUACACUCAUUAAACACCAGAGAGUUCACACUGGAGAGAAGCCAUAUGAGUGUACUGAAUGUGGAAAGUUCUUCAGUGAAAGAAGUACACUCAUUAAACACCAGAGAGUUCACACUGGAGAGAAGCCAUAUGAAUGUACUGAAUGUGGGAAAUCCUUCCGUGUGAGGAGCACACUCAUUAAACACCAAGUUCACACCGGAGAGAAGCCGUAUGAGUGUACUGAAUGUGGGAAGUCUCUUAGCCAAAAAUCUAACCGUAUUAGCCAUCUGAGAGUUCACACUGCAGAGAAGCCAUAUCAGUGUACUGAAUGUGAGAAGUCCUUCAGUGAAAGAAGUAAACUCAUUAAACACCAGAGAGUUCACACUGGAGAGAAGCCAUAUGAGUGUACUGCAUGUGGAAAGUGUUUUUGAGAAAAAUCUAGUCUUAUUAAACAUCUGAGAGGUCACAGUGGAGAGAAGUGUUAAAUUUGCACAGAAUGUUUUAUUUUAUUCACUUGAAUAAUAACACUGAAGGCCACUAUUUGGGAACUAUUUUCCGGAAUUUAAACCCUUUUAAUGGGACAUACACUGUA